UUCGGUUCAGUCGAUACAAGCGCGAUCGUUUCGUGGUGUCUUCCCUAAUAAUAAUCAUUGCCUCAGCGGAAUCAUAAAUGAAUUGUACAAGUGUUGCUGUGGCCCUUGUGGCACUCUGCCUCCACAUUAUCGGUGCGACCCAAGCCGAAACUCCUGGCUCCUCGGAAGUGCAAAAGGAAGUCAAAUCGACGUCGGCGCUACUGGCAGCAGUUGAUAAGAUGUUGAUUGAGCUGGAGGAGCGUCGCGAAUCUCUCAAGCAGUUGACAAACGAUAUUAUUGACGAGGAUAGAACCUAUCCCACAUCCUGCCUGAUUGGGGGCAAGCACAACGAGACCAGUGUCAUCCGAGUACCCGGCCACGGCACUCUUACUGUUCUUUGCGAUUCAGAGCUGGCCGGCCUGGGCUGGAUGGUUAUUCAGAGGCGUCAGGAUGGUCUGACCAACUUUUACCGCGACUGGAGCGAAUACAAGGCGGGGUUCGGCGAGCUGAGGGGGGAUUUCUUUAUCGGUCUGGACCGGCUGCACGCCCUAACCUCGUCGCAGCCCUUCGAACUGUACAUCUACAUGGAGAGCUUCCAGGGCGAUAAGAAAUUUGCAAAAUACGAUGAAUUUGGCAUUGGAAAUGAAACUGAGGCAUUUUCUCUGAAAAUACUGGGCGGCUAUACCGGAACGGCUGGCGAUUCCCUUACCUACCACAAGGGCAAUAAGUUUUCCACAUUCGAUCGGGAUAAUGACAGUGCAAACAAUAUGAAUUGCGCCCAGUACCACCUGGCGGGCUGGUGGUUCAAGAAUUGCAUACAGAGCAAUCUGAAUGCUCCGUACUUGGACUAUCAAUAUAAUGUGAUACAAGUUCCCCUCGACAGAACGCGAUACAUCAGCUGGAACUCAUUUUAUGGCUCCAAAAUGGAACUGCCUUUGAAGUCUGUUCAAAUGAUGAUUCGACCAAAAUUUCUAUGCCAAUAAGGAGCCAGCGUAAUAAUUUGUAAUUAUUACAUGAUAAAUAUAGGAAAAUUCCAUGA